AAAGAGCAAUCAUCCGUUGCCGACUUCCUUCUUGUAGCUAAAUAUCGCUUUCUAUUAAUGGGAAAAAAGAGAGAGCUCUCUUUGCUAAAAAGAGUGGGUUUACCGACUGCCGUUGGAGAUAUUUGUCACUAGCGGUUUGGAGCUUUGGAAGGUGCGGCUUUUGAUCAAACCGCAUCGCUACCAGGACCGGCCGGCCGAGUGGAUCGAGAUCGGCCAGACCGCCUCUCCUCCGGGCAGCACGGUUGGCACGGGAGGAGGGAAUCAUGAGCGAGGGCACGCUGAAAAUGGUGAGGCGCCUGCGCGUCCCCGACAGCGGCGGCGGCAGCAGCAGCAUAGGCAUCGUCGCCGACGACUGGAACAGCGGCGGGCGCUGCAUAGGCGCCCGGAUCCGCGGCGUCAACGUGGGGUUCCUGGACGAGCAGGUGCUGGUGCUGGUAUUCCGCGCGCUCGACUGGGACCCCCGGACGCUCUCCUCCGUGGCGCGCGCCAGCCGCCGCCUCCGCGCCGUCGCGGAGCGCGUGCUGUGGCGCGACCUGUGCGCCUCGCGGGCGCCGCUGAUGGUGGCGGCGCUCACGACCACGGCGACGGGGCGCGUCGGCGGCGGGUGGCCGGCGCUGGCGAAGCUGCUCCUCUUCUGCUGCGGCGGCGCCAUGCCGGGCCACUUCGCCCCCGUGUCCCGGUUCUCCAAGACGUCCGGGCGGAGCUUCCUGCCGCGGCGCUGCGGCAGGGACGUCCUGUACGUGUCGGACCCUUGCGAGCACGCGGCGCCCGGCGACGACGACGACGUGGGCGCGUACCGGGGCGUGUUCCGCGGUUUCGUGGGGUCCCGCACGCGCGCCCGCCUGGUGGACGGCCGCACCCCGCUGGAGCCAACCGUGCGGUGCCCCUACUGCGGCGCCAGCGUCUGGAGCGUGGCCGCGCCGCGCGGCGCGCGCCGCCGCCUCGGCGCGCACGAGAGCCGGCUCCAGUACUUGGUCUGCGUCAGCGGCCACCUCCACGGCAGCUGCCGGCUCUCGCGCCUCUCCUCCAGCGACGGCGGCGCCGUUGGCUCCGACGACGACGACGAUGAUGCAUGACGGGUUCGCUGACGCCGACAGCGGACGACUGAGGACGACCGGGCGCAUGGCGCAAAGAGCCACUUGAUGAAAGUAGCUCUACGUAGCGUUUCGUUUCGUUGGCUUAAUUCAUGUCGUCUUGCGGUGUGUUUCGCAGUGGACUUUUGCACCUAGGUUAAUUCUUGUCGACACGAUGAUCGGAUGAUGGCUCGAGUUCACAGUUAUCAGACGGCCUAUGUGGGGAA